UUCCGGCGCGCCCGUGGCCCCCUCCUUCUCCCGCCCAUCGCUGUCAAGAUGGCGGCGUCCGUGUCGCUGCAGGUGGAGUUCGGAGGUGGUGCAGAACUCUUGUUUGAUGGUGUGAAAAAGCAUCAGGUGACUUUGCCCUGUCAACUGGAGCCUUGGGAUAUCAGAAACCUGCUGAAGUGGAUCAAACAGAAUCUGUUGAAAGAACGACCAGAAUUAUUUAUGCAAGGGGAAUCUGUGAGGCCAGGAAUUUUGGUGCUCAUCAACGAUGCAGACUGGGAACUAAUGGGUGAGCUGGAUUAUAAACUCCAGGACCAGGAUAAUGUUCUUUUCAUCUCAACGUUGCAUGGUGGGUAAACUUCUGAAAAAAAAAGAGGAUGUAAAUUCAAACAAAAAUGUAAACCCAGCCAAACCUCUCCUGAACUGCCUGUACCUGGUCUCUGCACCUCCCCAUCAUGUUCACUUGUUACUACUAGACAUCCAAAUAAAGGCUUGUCAGUGUGUGGCCUGCUGUCCACCACAA